UCCCGGGUCAACUUGUACAUGCGAAAAGUGACAGCAGCAACGAUCACUCGGCACUCAGCUGUUUAUAUUGCUUUGUGUUCAUAAUUAGCUAUAAGCUUUCAAACCAUAUACACUCAAAAUUCAUUUUUAGUGGCGAGUUUUAAUCCACGUAAAAUGGUGUUUUACUUCACAAGUGCCGUGGUGAACCCUCCCCACACAAUCUACAUGGGAAAAGAUAAAUAUGAAAAUGAGGAUCUAAUAAAGUAUGGAUGGCCUGAAGACAUCUGGUUUCACGUGGACAAACUGUCUUCGGCUCACGUUUAUCUGAGACUGCCAAAGGGUAAAUCCAUAGAUGAUAUUCCCCCUGAGGUGCUGAUAGACUGUGCACAGCUGGUGAAAAACAACAGCAUCCAAGGCUGUAAGAUGAACAACAUUAACGUGGUUUACACGCCGUGGGCCAACCUGAAGAAAACUGGAGACAUGGACGUAGGACAGAUCGGCUUCUUUCGACAGAAAGAGGUGAAGAUCGUGGCGGUGGAGAAGAAGGUCAAUGAGAUCGUAAACCGUCUGGAGAAAACCAAAGUGGAACGCUUCCCUGACCUGGCGGCAGAGAAGGAGUCGCGAGACCGAGAGGAGAGGAACGAGAAGAAAGCUCAGCUCCAAGACCAGAAGAAGAAAGAGAAGGAAGAGCAGAGGAUGAGGAAAGAGAUGGAGGAACUCAAGAGCUACACUGCACUGAUGAAGUGUGAAAAUAUGAAGACUAAUGAGGACGGUAAUGAUUCGGACGACUUCAUGUGAGAGGUGAACAGCAGACCGAACCCCCCCACCCUCCACCACUCUAACCUGCCAUCAGGAUGCUGCCCUGCUGCUCUGCUCGCUCCAACUCUGCACUGACAUUAAAAGAAACAACAGAGACAAAUGCUUUUGGACACUUGGAGCAGAAAGCGAGCCAAUGGGGGACAGCGCUGGGAAUUUAUUCCACGUGCAGACACUUCCUUCAAACCAAACCAAGCUGCCUGGCUUCUUCAUCAAGGGACUGUGGAGAAAAAAAACACAGGACAACAAGAAUGCUGAGGAUAAUUUUGGGGGGGGGGGAAACACUCAAUAGCAUAACUGUGUUUUCGCUGAUGUAUGAUAUAUGAUAUAACUAGCGUUGGGUUGUUUUUAAUACUCUGCAAACCCUUCUGUUCACUUUCUUUAUGUGUUAAUUUCUCUGCAUGCCAAAUUUUAUUCAAUACAAUUCAACGUAUUAAAUUCAGUCAUAGAUGUUCA